GCUACUGGCAGAGCGCGCUGGCGACUUGGAGGCACCACACUCGGGCAUGGUAUCGUCGGGAGAGUGGACGCACGCAACGCAACGCAUCGCGACGCAACGCAGUCAUUGGGAAACGUAGCCGACGAGAACGUCAUUUUCGCGCAGCGAGAGGACACGUCCCAUCGUCUAUGUGUGAUUAUCGUGCGUCGUCACGUUAUCGCCGAAUUCACCGUAUAGGUUAUAAUUCACGAGCGCGCGCUUAAAGUCGGGGUAAUAACCGAAUAAAGCGAGAGUGAGUAAGGAAGAGAGAGGGAAAGAAAGUAAGAGAGCGUGAGAGAGAGAGAGAUAUAUAUAUAUACACAUAUAUACAUAGUAUAUGGUUAAUAUAUCGAUCUUUUGUUAUUUCCACGCGAAACGUUCGCGCGAACGAUAAGAGCGUGACAGACAGAGAGAACGAGGAAUAGAAGAGAGAGAGAGAGAGAGAGAGAGACGGAUAGAAAGAAGAGUGAGGUUAGACGCUGUCAGGCUUUUCCCCCCUCCCGAUCUUCGUCGUGGCGGUGCGAGAACUCGACGACGACAUUUACGACUUUCCCGAAGCGUCUCUCGCGAUAUUAGCGAACGAACGUUUUAUGCUCGUCCCACACGACGUUCGUCCAAACGUUACCGCCUACGACGAUCGUUCGCGUCCUCUGCUCGGUCGCGCUUUAAGUUUGUCAACAGCUUCGAGAACUGCCUGGUAUAUACUCGAGAGAGCCCCGUGCGACUCCGCCGCGUGUAACGGCGCGAAAAUCAAACGUUCGCCGUCGUUCGCAGAAAGACGCGGCGUAUGUGUCGCGGACUCACGAUAUUGUGAAAACAAUACGACGGGCAAAGGACAAAGCAAGCGCACCCGUGUCGCUGAUGACACAGUAACGGGCUCGCGAGCAAACAGCCGAGAUCGAUCGCGAUACUUGGUCGCACCGAUCGACGGCGCGCCAAUUAACGACGACGAUAGAUUAUCGUAGCGUUCGGCAAACUUUACACUGGGAUAAGUAAACGGAUCAAGUGAUAAGAUAGAACGGGAGAGGAAGAGGAGCAGAAGGAAUCAGUCCGUAGAGAGAAGUAGGGUCAAAUUGAACAGCCGCGAGUCGCGUCGACGAGGGUGAAAAGUCCGCAAAUAAAACGCCGUCGCAAUCUCGAAGUUGCCGGAACGCCCGUUCGUUAUCAAUUAUGACGACCUUGGACUCGCAGCUCGAGGAGAGCAUGUGUUAUCUCGAUAAGCUGCCGCACGUGGAAUGGGACAGUUCGACCCCCGGAUCGUCCAGGUGUAUGUUUCCCGACGGACUGAGUCCCCUGGAGUGUCAGAUGGCCGGUCACCCCUUCGACGGUGAAAAACACACUAUCGGUAUGCUCCGCAGACCGAACGGGCACGUACUGAAACCGGCGACUAAAGCGAUCCUCGGGGAAAGAGAAAUUGCGUUUUACGAGAACUUGCAGACUUCCCAGGAUCCUACGACGUCGCAACUGAAAAAUUUCGUUCCGUGUUACUAUGGCACGACGGAGUUGAGGGUCUUCAAUAAACGUACGAAGUUUCUCACGCUUAAGGAUAUCACGGAGGGCAUGGCCGAGCCAUGUGUGAUGGAUAUCAAGAUCGGCCGUCGCACGUGGGAUCCUUUAGCCACGCCAGAGAAGAGGGCAACGGAAGAAUUCAAGUAUGCCGAAUCGAAGCGUGCUUAUGGUUUUUGUAUAACCGGUUUUCAAGUAUAUUGUCUCUCCACUGGACGAUUAAAAAAAUUUGACAGAGAUUAUGGCAAGAAACUCGAUGCCAAGGGCGUCGUAGAAGCGCUGAAAACUUUUCUAAACAUAACACCUGAGAAGCCAGCCUGCCGGCAACUGAUCGCCAAACUCCUGUCGAUCCUGUGUCAGAUCAUGCUGUUCUUCCGCACGCAACGGAAGUAUCGCUUCUACUCCAGCUCGCUCUUGGUAGCCUAUGACGCUCACAGAUUACGGCCUUGUCACGCCGACGAUGAGGAUCCCGACGGCAGAAGCGAGCCCGCCGCGCCGAGCGAUCGCACUGUCGUUUCAGACGCGUCCGCCGCGCCGCGCUCGUCCGUUCCCGCCGAGAGUACAGCGAAGAGAAGCCGGACGGAGAUGCCGGCGAAUCCGCUCAAGAGGAGCGUAAGCACAGGGUUCGUCGAGACGAUAGAGGACGAGAAGGUAUCUAAUCGGAGCGGAUCUUGCAGUUCGAAGACUGACCGCUGGCUGUAUCGGUCCAACGCGAUCACGUCGACGACGAAAGGCGAUGGUCGCAAGGUUGCGGCGACGGACGAGCGCGACUGGGUGAGAAUGAACAUGAUCGACUUUACGCACGUCUUCCCGGCGGACAACGACAGAUCGUUGGAUCUCAAUUACUUGGAGGGUAUCGAGAACCUGGCCAAAUUGCUGGAGUCGUUCGUAUCUCGCAAGCACGACAGUCACGAACGAGAGAAAUCUCGCGUGACGCUGUAGAGAGAGAGAGUCGUUCUUCGAAAAACCGACGACUGAAUCGCGUGGUUACUCUCAACGAUGUCCCGAGAGUGGAUAGAGAGAGAUAGAGGAUAGGUCGUUUCGGACGAGCGAAUCGCGGCGAGGUGUUGUUGGCACGUGCGGGACUUUCGGCAGGAACGGGAAUUAAGGACGACAGAAUCGACGAACUCUCUCGGCACAACGAAGAAAACCGUUGAGAGAGCGGGUGUUCACAGUGAGAGUUACCGUGGUAGCUCUUCCGAGAAAGCAGGAUGUUGGAAUCCGGAUGAAAAGACCGUCUUCGACGUCUGGGUCCUCCCUCCUUCGGAGAACUCGCUUACUCGGCAAUUUUGCGACGUGUCUCCCCUGGAACGACCGGAGCGAAGGAUCGGGCGUUUCGAAGGACGUUAUUCCGCGACACGUGCGGAUCUCUUCUCGCUCUCGCGGAGACCCGUCCACGGAUUCCACAAGAAACACAUCUUUAGAGUACACUACGAUUAAGACUUUUGUACUUUGCCAAAAAAAGGAAAAAAGAAAGAAAGAUAAUUGUAACGCAGUGAAACAGAGCAUCCAGCGAAUUUCAUACGUUCGAUUCUCCACUCCUUUUUUUCUGCCCAUGGAUGACGCGCUAACGUUUCGAGUUGUACGCAAAAUUCAGUGCUAAAUGCAAUCGAUAAUUACGAAAGAUUAACGAGAGAAAAGAUAGGCACCCCAUUGUAAAUCUUUCAAUAUCGUUCGAGUGACGACGUUUAUAUGACGACAAUAAGUCGCACUUUGUAAAACGCUGUACCGCGAGCGAAUACGAAAAGCCCUUUCGAAAGUGACGUGGUACCACCGUUACCGGUCCUACCACAUUACGGAUAUUUAUAUUAUACGCAGUACGUGGUUAUAAAAGUGCAGAUUAUUGUAAUUACACAAUAGCAGCAAUAAAUGAUUACGAUGUGAAGCGGAAGGUGAGGGUUCAUUGUCGCGUCCUCCGUCGGUCUUUGCGGAUAAUCUAGUUUCUAAGCACUCAGUGAAAGACGACGAAGAAGAGCUUCGAUCCUUGUCGUUUCGCGCGACGAGAGUGUCUGACAAUAAUAAUGUCAACGAGAGAUGGCGAAUGAUAAUCGUAAAAUAACUGAUCAUUUUAUCCCGCGAUAUGUAACGAUGUUGUUUCGACUCGGAUGAAACACGGUUGGCGCCGGGAUGCAUCAACAGGCGGACUCUUAGUCGCAUAAUAUUUUAUUCGCCAUUCACUCAUAAACAGUUUUUUUUUACACCGUCGCCGAUCGAGCGCGCGCGCCGUCGCGACGUAAUCAACCGCGAUAAUAAUUAAUAAUUUGCUUAAUCUCUCUCGUAACACUUAUAGUAACGCGCGCGCGUUCCUGUACGUACACGCGCGCGCGUGUGUAUGCGCGUACGCACGGACAUACACACACACGGG